AUGCCUCCCAAGAAGCGGAAAGCCUGGCAGAACGGCAGCGCCGACACCAAUACAGCAGUUCACAAAGUGAGCCGGAAGUGGCGGCCAAAGUGGCCACGAUAUCAAGGUCAGCCAAACGAGAGCUCAGCAUUCAAGCAGCAUCUUCUGGGCGUCAUCUUGCCCGAGGUUGACGCGCCGCAUGUCAAUGACUGCAAGCAGGGUAUUACAGAAGAUGAACAGGCAGAUCUGCUCCCGGAGUUUGUGCCACCAUGUCCGUUGAAGCUGGAGGAACGUACAGUGGAGGUACCACUUGGCUCUGCUUCUCCAGCCUGGGAGUCUGCUCCAGGUGAGAAGAUGGCCGUGCUGAAUGCUGGAUGCUACAUCUCUGCGGCAGCAUGGGCGCCACCUGUCGACAUGGCUGUGCUCGCGCUUGCAGUCAACAGUCGUGCCAUGCCUUCCGUGGCAGCAGAAGGUCCAGUGCCGGGUGUUGCGGCCAUUCAGCUCUGGCGCAUUGAUAUGCGCAGCCCAGAAAGGUCUGCACAGCUGCGACUGGGAGUUGUGCACGAUGCUGCGAGUGCACGCGGCUUGCAGUGGCUGCCAUCCAAGCGCACGAAGGAAAGAUUGGGCUUGCUCUUGGCCGCACUGUCAACCGGGGAGCUUUGUCUGUAUAGCCUGGCAACGGCAAUGUUUCAAGAGAAGCCGAUCUUUCAUAAGCCAUUUUUUGCGAGAUUCAAGCCGUUCUGGAAGGCAAGACUGCUUCCUGCAGGAGCGCAGCCUGCAAGUGCCUGGCAGAGACAUGUACAAUGCGCAGCCGCGCGAGAAAGCCCAAGGGAUCCGCGCAGUUGCAUUGUUGCGGCCGGCUGUGAACGAUCCGUGGUGCUUCUUUGGCGACUGGUUUCAGGAUCGCCGCUACAGGAGGCGCCGAUCGAAGUGCUUAGACCCUUGUUGCUCGAUGCCGAGACGGUGAUGUCCGUGGCUUGGUGUCCUUCACACGAAUUCGAAUUGUUGGCUGCUGGCUUCGCGGCCGGGUACAUUGUACUCUGGAACUGUCAGACUCCAAGUGCACCACUGCGGUGCUUCAUCCCUUUGGUUAGAACAGCUCACGUCAACAUCGACUGGGCUGACCGCGACAAUUUAUGCCUUCCAGCGGAUGCUUCGUGCUACAAUUUCUUCCAUGGGCGUUUGGUGAGACUGCGCGCAGACAGGAAGGGCGACUGUUUGUCAUGCACUGGAGCAUGCCAGGCCCCCCUUGGUGUCAUUUCCCUUUGGUCAGACGGGGUGGUUUCUUACAGGCCGAGGCCGCUCAUCCGGCCACGGUCCUUUUAUGGUGCUAACAAUGACGAGAUGGUGUUGCAGAGUUGGCGGGUGCUUGGCGCAGACAUUACAGUUGCGCCAUUCCCUGAACCUGCUGGUCCCCAGCCAAAUGAAAGAUCCGAAGAAGAGUGUAGAGCUUUCCGGGAGCACUUGUUUAAGUCAUACCAGAACAACCUGCUGAACAGGUGUCGCGCAUGGGAGACAGAGAGCUGCGAAUUGCAGAUCAAGACUGCCAAAGAGCUCGACAAGGAAGACGAGAGCAACAUGCCCCUCACAACUGCCAAGGUCAAGGAGCUGAGAUUGCCAAAUACAGUCGAAUCAGAGACCUUGGUGGCAAUCAGCAGCGCUGCUGGUGUUGAGACUCGGCAGUGUUUCAGAUCCGAAAGUCUCUGGGAGCUGACGUGUUCUUCGCAGCUACCCGGACCGCCAACCUGUGCUCUCCGCACAUGA